ACUUCCUCUUUAAUCGGUGACCAAAAAUGGCGGUGGGAAAAGUAAAGAAACAGGGCAAAGCCGGCGGUAAAAAGGGUGGAAAGAAGAAAAUAAUCGAUCCCUUUACCAAGAAAGACUGGUAUGAUGUCAAGGCACCUUCCAUGUUCAACAUCCGCCAGAUCGGCAAGACACUUGUAACGAGGACACAGGGAACAAAGAUUGCUUCCGAUGGUUUGAAGGGACGUGUGUUUGAGUGCUCACUGGCCGAUCUCCAGAAUGACGAAGUCGCAUUCAGGAAGUUCAAGCUGAUGUGCGAAGAGGUCCAGGGCAAGAACUUGCUGACCAACUUUCAUGGCAUGGACCUGACCACAGACAAACUCAAAUCAAUGGUCAAGAAAUGGCAGACCCUCAUUGAAGCUCAUGUUGAGGUGAAGACCACAGAUGGCUAUUACUUGAGUCUUUUCUGCAUUGGUUUCACCAAGAAGAGGCAGAACCAGGUAAAGAAGACGUGCUAUGCCCAGACAACCCAGAUCCGUGCCAUCAGGAAGAAGAUGGUGGACAUCAUGACCAGAGAAGUCUCGUCAAAUGACUUGAAGGAUGUCGUCAACAAAUUGAUCCCCGACAGUAUCGGCAAAGACAUUGAGAAGACUUGCCAAGGUAUCUACCCACUACACGACGUGUUUAUCCGCAAGGUCAAGAUCAUGAAAAAACCAAAGUUUGAUUUGGGCAAGCUUAUGGAGCUCCAUGGUGAAGGUUCAGCCGCAGCAACCAAGUCAGGUGAUACGGAAACUGGGGAGAAAGUUGCCCGACCUGAUGGAUACGAACCACCAGUCCAGCAGAGUGUAUAAUAAUGUAUAUGAACCAAGUCUAAAAAAAUAAAUUAAAAAAACUUCA